AUGACCAUUCCACACAUGAAUCACGCUGUAUCGAAGAAUAGCAAGAAUAAGGUUUCAAAUACAGUAAGCUCUACCCAGGAUCAAAACGCGGUCAAGAAACAGCCCGAUGAGGUCGUAGAUAGUGGAGAACCUUUGCCUAAGAAAUUAAAAGUGCCACUGGCGGGCUUCUCGAUGGCAUCCAAUAAGGCUGACAAUCGAGAAUACGCUCAGGCAGCAGUCGGGCAAGUAGCAUCAAUGGAGCUUAAACCAGCUAGUGACAUGGAUCCCACAGCAGUGUCAGCAGCGUCAGCAGCGUCAAUGUCCAAUGAGGUUUUGAAACCGGAAACUCCCCAGGGGCCAAUAAUAAUCGGUAAGAACACAUCGACCGGCGUUUUCUAUGGACCGUCCUUUACUAAACGAGAGUCACUGAAUGCUAGAAUGUUUCUAAAAUACUACGGUGCACAUGAAUUCUUAGACACUUAUUUGCCCGAAGAGUUGAACUCUUUAUACGUUUACUAUUUGAUCAAGUUGCUGGGUUUCGAAGUCAAAGAUCAAGCCCUAAUAAGGAACAUCAACACUAUUGUUCAUACAAGCACACCGGAAAAUAUACAGGAUUCAGAAAAUACAAUAUCCGCUACCAAUGUUGAAGAUCCCUUAGCAAAAAAGCAAACAGUUCGUCUAAUCAAAGAUUUACAAAGAGCCAUUAAUAAAGUCUUAUGUACAAGAUUGAGAUUGUCCAAUUUUUUCACUAUUGAUCAUUUUAUUCAAAAAUUACAUACCGCUAAAAGAAUUUUAGUCCUGACAGGUGCAGGUGUUUCUACUUCAUUGGGGAUCCCUGACUUUAGAUCUUCUGAAGGGUUCUAUUCGAAAAUCAAGCAUCUGGGGCUCGAUGAUCCUCAAGAUGUUUUCAACUACAAUAUAUUUAUGCAUGAUCCUUCCAUUUUUUAUAACAUUGCAAAUAUGGUUCUACCUCCAGAAAACAUUUAUUCUCCCUUACAUAGCUUUAUUAAGAUGCUACAAACAAAGGGGAAAUUACUGAGGAAUUAUACUCAAAACAUUGACAACUUGGAAUCUUACGCGGGUAUAAAUGCUGAUAGAUUGGUCCAAUGUCAUGGUUCUUUUGCCACUGCCACAUGUGUUACUUGUCAUUGGAAUCUACCUGGCGAGAGAAUUUUCAAUAAAAUUAGAAACCUCGAGCUUCCAUUAUGCCCGUAUUGCUAUAAGAAAAGGAGAGAAUACUUCCCAGAAGGAUAUAACAGUACCUCCGAUUCCAAUAAAAUUAGUGGGACAGGAACGCAAGAUUCUGCCCUAGCAAGGCCCUCGUAUAUACUAAACUCAUAUGGUGUCCUGAAGCCCGAUAUCACGUUUUUUGGAGAAGCUUUGCCAAACAAAUUUCACAAGAGCAUCCGUGAAGAUAUUUUGCAAUGCGAUUUAUUGAUUUGCAUUGGGACAAGUUUGAAAGUGGCGCCAGUAUCCGAAAUUGUUAAUAUGAUCCCAGCGCACGUGCCCCAGGUCUUGAUCAACCGCGAUCCUGUCAAGCACGCAGAAUUCGAUCUAUCGCUCUUGGGGUAUUGUGAUGAUAUUGCAGCUAUGGUAGCACAGAGAUGUGGUUGGGCAAUUCCCCAUAAGAAAUGGAACGAUUUGAAAACUAAGAAAUUUGACUGUCGGGAGAAGGAUAAAGGGUUAUACGUCAUUACAUCAGAUGAACAUCCAGGCAAUUUGUAA